CGAUAUAAACCCGAUAUCAUCUUUGGUACUGAAUCCUGGUUAAGUUCGAACAUCGAAAGUAACGAAAUAUUUCCAAAGGGCUACAAAAUUUUCAGAAAAGAUCGCCCUGAUGACUGCCACGGCGGAGGCGUUUUCCAGGCAGUGAAAAACGAUAUUAUAGUAACACAUCGUUCGGACCUGGACACCGACUGUGAAAUUAUUUGGACCCAAUGUCAGCUAGCAAACAAGAAAACAAAAUCAUUGCUAUUUGAAUCAUAUAAAAAUAACAUCAUUGUUUCUGGUGAUUUUAAUGCCCCUGAUAUUAGCUGGGAUACUGAAUAUUCAAGUCAAUCUCCUGCCUCUGACAGACUGUUAGAAAUAAUUGAUGAUCACGAUCUGAGCCAACUUGUCAAAGAACCAACUAGAAGGGUCAGGAAUACACAAAACAUCUUAGAUCUAAUCCUCUCCAAUAAUUCCAACAUCAUUGAAAAUAUCAGCGUCGUCCCUGGUAUUAGUGAUCACGACAUUGUGUUAUUCACUGUGAACACUUCUUGCCGAAGAAAGAAAAAUGUCAAACGCAAAAUAUACAUUAGAAAGAAAGCUGACUCCAGUAGCGUUAAAGAAGAACUUACAAAUCUAUCACUUCAUAUGGAUACACGGGGCUUUAAUUCAAUCGACGAUAAAUGGAGCUGUUUCGAAGACAACAUCUACCGUAUAAUGAAUUCUUGCAUUCCCUCAAAGUGGUCUAGCUCAAGAUAUAAUCUACCAUGGUUCAAUCAUUCUUUGAAACGUCUAGCCAGGCGUAAACAAAGGCUCUACAAUAAAGCAAAAUCUUCUGGAGAUCACAAUGAUUGGGAGGCAUUCCCCCAAAUCAGUAAUUUAUCCGUGUCAGGAAUGAAAACAAAACCUUGGAAGUUUUUAGAUUUGGCCCGCAACGCACCAUGA